AUGCAUCUCCUGGCGGGGGUGAUUACGGACAUCCUCUCCACAGAGUACGGCGGACGCGGAUAUGGACCUCCAGGUGGUGGUCCAGGUGGAUCCUUAGCCGGAGGUCCUAAUGGUCCACCGUCCGGAACAGUCAUGCACGAAAACAAAGACUUUCGCGAUGGUCCACGUCAUAGUAGUGGUAAUUAG